AUGGAUCCUCCUCCAGUUCCCUCAGGGCCCACCCAAGCAGACCGGCUCCCCGAGUUUCGUCAUAUCAUAAUUCCACCUAUUAAACGGCUCUCUAACGCCAACGACAUCUAUCACUGGGGAAGUUGUAUCCAAAUCUCGCUCUGUGCUCGCAACCUGAGCGACCUCACAUCGAGCACCGUCCCACGUCCCGAUGAAAACCAUCCCAUGUACAACAACUGGGCAAAGUGGUCACGUUUCGUCUGCAAGUGGCUGGUCCAGAAUGUCGAUGAGAACUUUACUUCCUACUACAAAAAGGAUCAGACGCGUCUCGAAUUCACCGACACAACUUACCAGGUAAUUCAGAGCCUCGACAUGAACCAAAAGAAGAGCUCCGAGGUGAGCAGCAUAACCACGGAGCUGCUCAAGCUGUGGAAUAUGCGCCGGUGCCAGUUUCGGGGGGUUGACCAAUACGUCGAUGCCUGGCGUGACCAGGUAAUCAUUUGUCAGCGCUUGACAGUUGGGUUCAGCUAUCUUUCCGCCACUAAGAUCAUGCUGCAUGAGGUGGAAUGGGACCUUCCUGUACUGGCUACCUUCAUUGAUUUGCAGCUCCAGGAAUAUGACAAUGUGGACCAAAUGAGUUACAAUCAGUUCAACAGCAUUGUCCGGGGGAUUAUUGGGGCGGUACAAAAGGACAAUUGGAGACCCUUGUAA